AUGCUUGUAGCGUCAUCAGUCGUCCCGGUUCUAUUAGUGACGUCAGCACUUCUUCCCUGGCCUUCAGCAUCCUCUAGACGCAGCCCAGAAAGGGCGGGUGUCGCGCAGACAGGUGAUUGGACAUGGUUGAAAGAGUUUUACCAGAGAUUGAUAGAUCAGAAGUGGCAAAGGAAGAAGAAGAGCAAGGAGCACUGGUAUCAGAAGGCUAUUCUUUCCAAGUUUUUAUAUUACAGUGUCAAUGGUGAUGGAGCUGCCCAGCCUGUCCCCUCUGCUGCAGAACAGCAGGAGUCACCCAGUUUGGAUGAGACACAUGAUUCAGAAAGGGUUUCAUGGCCUGCACCCUUUGAAAUGGCUUCCUCUGUUUCUGAAGACCCCAGUGCUUCUGGUCAGGAACAUGAGCGCCUUGAGCCCUCAUACAUAGUGGGGCACAUGGCCUCAGCACCCAAAGAACAAAGCCUGAGUAAUUUGUUCAGUGAUGGGGAGAACAGCCAGGGCCUUAAAAAUGAUGUUGUUCAGAAUAUUCUGUGGACAUUUGAAGAUAUCCGUAAGCUGGUUGGAUCAAACAUGCCUAUUUUUGGUCGAGGCAGAUACCCAGCAGUCAGCUUACGUCUCAGGUAUAACAACAAGCCAAUCAGUGUGCUCACUGGAAUUGACUAUUGGUUGCACAACUUGAUAUACUAUGUACCAGAGCUUGUGAUGUGUUUUCAUAUAAAUGCAGUUGUACAGAAAUAUGAAAUGAUGAAGACAGAAGAGAUACCCAAUUUGGAAAACUCUAAGUUUUCUACUGAAGUCAUAAAAGAUAUUGCACAGAACAUUUUGUCAUUUUUGAAACGUAAUUGUACCAAAGAAGGACAUACAUAUUGGCUCUUUAAAGCAAAUGGCAGUGAAGUAGUGAAGCUCUAUGAUCUCACUACUCUGUGUGAAGACACUAAAGACAAGUACAAGAACCCAUUCGCAAUGCCAGUGGCCAUUCUCUUAUAUAAGGUUGCUUGUUACAUGAUGAAGGAGAAGAAUGAAAGUAAGGAACACUAUGGGACAAUUAGAACAUUGCUCCUUAAUUGUGUUAAGUUGCUGGAUAAAAGCAGGCAUCCACAGAUUAUUGCUUCAGUCAAUUUCAUGCUGUCAGAACUUUUUCAAUUGGAUGAGCCUAAAAAAGAAGAAAGUUCAGAAUCUCCUUUAAAUAAGAAGUCUGAUGAAAGUCACAGUAAAGAGAAAGAGGAAAUGCCAGACAGCAAUGAAAACAGAUCCUACAGUACCAGCUCUGCCCCAUCAAAUGAUAGCAGAACAGUAGCUAUAAUUAAGUCUGUUGGAGAAUUGUCAGUACCAGAAAAAUAUAAAUCCAUUCAUCAGAUCAGAGGUUUAAAAUCUGUAGAUAGAAGCAUUGAAAAGGAAUUUGACAUUUCUGUGACUGAUCCCAACACCCCAAUCCCCUUAAAAUAUAAAGAUGAAUCCACAACAGCGGGUCAUGAGGAGCUAGAGAAGUGGGUGGCCUUGCUUUUGGACAAUAUGGGCUCCCUUCAGAAGCGUAAUUAUUCCAGUCAGUCAGGCAUGAUCCCUGGGUCUUGGCAACAUAAGAUGAAACUUCAGCUGAUUCUUAAGUCAGCGAAGGCCUAUUAUGUGCUGUCUGAUGCUGCCAUGAGUCUUCAGAAGUAUGGACGGGCGCUGCGAUACAUUAAGCUGGCUCUGCAGAGCCAUGAUACUUACUGCUGGCUCUACACCAACAUGUUUUCUGAACUGCUGUUUCUUUCCCAUUGUUUAAUGCUCUGCGGUGACAUCCACCUGAUGCUGGCCCAGAAUGCAAAUAACAGAGCAGCACACCUUGAAGAGUUUAACUAUGAAACAGAAGACCUAGAGAUACUACACAGUCUUCACAGAGAGACCAGUUUUCAGGUUUUGGCCAGUUACCACGCAGAUGCGUACAUGAGAGCAGAGGAGAAUGCAGAUGCCUCAGUGGCUAAUAUGUUGCCGCUUCUUUCCUUCGUCCCUCAAGCUGUUGAUUACUAUUUGAAAGCUCUGAGGUCACUGCGAACACGAGACAUACAUCCAGCUGUGUGGGAUUCUGUGAACUGGGAAUUGUCCACUACUUACUUUACUAUGGCAACACUACAACAAGAUUAUGCUCCAUUAUCCAGAAAAGCUCAGGAGCAGAUUGAAAAGGAAGUCAGAGAAGCCAUGAUGAAGUCUUUGAAAUACUGCGAUGUUGACUUAGUGUCUCCUCGGCAGCCUCUUUGUCAAUAUCGAGCUGCAACCAUCCAUCACAGGCUGGCUUCCAUGUACCACAGUUGUCUGAGGAAUCAGGUUGAUGAUGAAUGUCUUAGGAAACAGCACUGGUUGCUAGCUGAUCUUCACUAUAACAAAGCUGUAAAGCUUUUUCAGCUUCUCAAAGACGCUCCCUGUGAACUCUUGAGAGUACAAUUAGAAAGAGUGGCAUUGGCAGAGUUUCAGAUGACCAGUCAGAAUAGCAAUGUUGGAAAGUUAAAAACACUAUCGGGGGCUCUUGAUAUCAUGGUGAGAAGUGAGCAUGCGUUUCAGCUCAUCAGGAAGGAGCUUAUGAAGGACCAGCUUAUGAAGGACUCAGACCAGAGGAGUAAGCCUAAGGGUAGUGAAGCCAGUCCAGCUACUGAUUCUUCCAGUCUUAACCAAGAAGAAGUGAUCAAGCUCCUCAGUAUAUUUGAAUCUCGACUCUCAUUUCUUCUCCUUCAGUCCAUUAAACUGCUAUCUUCAACUAGAAAGAAAACAUGCAGUAGCAUUGAUGAGGAUGUGGUCUUCAGAACUAAUAAGCAGAUCUACUCUCAGCUUUUGAGAGCAACUGCGAACAAAGGUGCAAGUCUUUUGGAAAGAAUCGACAUCAUCAUCCAUCUACUGGAGCAGCUCGCCCAUGGCGGCAGUCCCAUGAGUGGUGACUCUGUCCCCGUCCAGUGACCACGCCCAGAGCCGUGUCACCCAGCAUGCUGUCAGUGCCUUCUGAACAUGGGAGCUGCUUUGUCCAUUUGGUGCUGUUU